UACACAAGGACGUUGAAAUUUUAACUUAGUUCGAAAAGUUGUUCACAGUUGUUUCAGGAAUCUCGACCAUGUCCAUGUAUUUGAACGUUUUCAUCGUCACUUUUGUGGCAUGGAUAUCUUUUUCCUCCGCACAGGUAAGCAAAGACAAGGUAAUCAAUGACUCAUGCUCUCCUUCCUAUAUGCAAUGGAACUGUUUUUAUGAGUAGGCCUAUACAGAUAGAAUAUAGAUAGUAAAAAUCACGCAUACAUAGAGUGUCCCGCUCGUAUAUUUGCCUUCUUUUGUACACUUAUAAGACAGUUUGAAUGCAUACAUGGUUACACCUCAGGCCAAAUGAACGAGUGAAAACGACGAGUGAAGAAAUUAAAACUUGAUCUUUGAAAACAUGAUUCGUGAUCUUCAUUCAUAUUAAUUAAUUAAGAGAUGGUUAGCUUAACUUUUUUGUAUAAGUAUAAAGUACAGCACUUAUAACACAACUCUGGUACAAUUUUAUUCAGUUUACUACGCAGGAGCCAGUGGACGUUGAAUCCAACCAUCAUGAUCUUGGACCGUGCAAUGAAGAGAACUUCGGCCAACGCAAAUUGAUUAAAGACAGUGAUGGCAACGAAACAGCUCUCAUUUGCUCUCACGACAACGGUGUUUAUUCAUGGAAGCUAGAGAACGCUAUGGAAACGGAAAGUGGGAUUUUUUGUUUUAAUUUAAUGAACGAGUGUUAUACGAAUAAUUACAAAAUGAAAUGGAAUGUACUCAACCACUGGAAUCUCAAAAUAACUAUAGAAUGGGUGUACAAAGUUUAAUCAUGCACAUUUAGAUAAAUACUUUAGCUUUUACAAAUUGCUAAAAUUAAUGUAAAUAAUAUAUACUUAUAUGUACUCAUGUAUAUGUAUUUCAUAAUUCUCGAAAUUUUUGAAAGUUUGUUAUUCAUACCGCGUUAUUCCAAUAAUUUGUUCAAACUUUAUAUAUAUAUAGGUAUACCAGUUUUGGAAAAAUAUUUCCAGAGGUUGAUUUCAUUUUUUCACUGUGUUAUACUUUUAAUCACACUCAGCCAGCCCCGUCUAUUUCAGAAUGGCUUAUCUUAUUCAUUAUUCUGCUAUACAGAUGACAAUCAAAUAAUAAUUUCAUUUGCAGUUGAUGAUACGCAUGAUGUUAUGGAAGAUAUCAUUUUGAAGCGUGAAGCAGCCACGGAAUUCUACCAACGACAACGUGAUCGUCGAAGUUUAAAAGCCCUACAUCAUGAAUGUUAUUCUGAAUGUUGCACCUGGGAGGAAGUUCGCGAAUAUUUCAAAUAGGAAAGCGAGUCUCAAGCGAAAACAGUAUGUUUGACUUUACUAGUCUAUAUAUAUGACUAUGAGAACUCGACCGAAUGGCCAGAUGCGUGCGCUUUUUCUUUUAUCCUGAAUGUCCUAAACAUUUCCCCCACUAUGUUUCGUGGUAUAAGUGCUGCAUUAGUUACAUUGAUUAUGAUAAAACGACUAUCAUUACAAUAACCGAUGCCAACGACACGGUGGUCCAAACUUUCGAAGCAAGGUCAAAAGUAUAUAUAUUGGACAAAAUAUAAUAUUUUUAAAACAUAAAAGCUUUGCGAAAUUGUUCAGCUAGGGAAUUUUAACCCUUUAAAAGAUGUCCCAUGCACCUCCAGACGAUAAUCAAGCACAUGUAUAUUUACUUCAUAUUUUUACUUCAAACAACAUAAUGUCAAAAAAAUAUUUUAAUAUAUUACAGAAAGAAUAUUGGAAAACAUUCCAAAAGUGGAAAAGAAAGAAUGGCUGUACCGUAAGGAUUAGUUUUUAUACCUGCAUUGAAUUAUAUAUACUGCAUAAUAGUAAUAGUUAACACUAAAUCUGCCCCCAAUCGGUGAACCUUUGCAAUCUGUAUAUAUCUUCUUCCAACCUUCGUAUAUAGCUUUUUAACCAACUGAGUGAACUGACAAACACCAGAAAGGUGACUGCAUUUUAUAUGUUCGCUGUUCGCACGUAUAUUGGUGUACUUGCGGUAAUUACCCAUAGAUCCUUUGCGGCCUUAGAAUGAAAAAACUGAGAUUUUUUUUCAAUACAAUAUAUAUAUAUAUAUAUAUAUAUAUAUAUAUAUAUAUAUAUAUAUAUAUAUAUAUAUAUAUAUAUAUAUAUAUAUAUAUAUAUAUAUAUAUAUGUAUAUAUAUAUAAAUAUGUAUACGCGCGGGGACUUCUUCCUAUAUGCCUCCUCGGGUUUUGGCCAUCUGGGGCCAAAACCGGGGGGGGGGGUUAAUGUCGACCAUAACUACAUGCAUAAAUCAUUAUAUCAUACCAUAUUAAACAUGCAAUGACAUCCGUGGCUUUGCAAACAUGCAAACAAAGACAAAUUAUAUAUAGCUAAUGAACUAUAUAUUCAUCGAUAUAUCGAUAUAAUAAAACCCAACAUUCAACAUGCAGUCAUUACUGUAUUGUCAAUUUUACUGAAGCGAACGAGAUUAUCAUCUUGCAAUAUUAUGUGAUUAUAAUUUAUAUACGGCCUGCAUGCACAUUACCUUGUGAUCAUUGAAACACUGUUACUGCAUGUCAUUGUGCUAUGCUAUGAAAUAAUUAUCGCGGUUAAAGUUGUUGUAUUUGCCGAGAAUAGCCAGAAUAUAAAUACGAGGAGAAGUAUAUUUAUAAAUUAUGUGCAUUACAUUUGAUUUUUCCAGAGCAGCAGCUGGUCAUGGUAAAUUCACUAACAAAAGGAACGGUACAAACUAAAGAGUAAAGGAACAACUGGAAAACCGACAAUUACAUAGAUUAGAAUAGAGUGGCAAUCUUUCAUUUGUAGAUGCUGCAUUUAUACAUAGAAAAACGUAUAAAGUAUAAACAAAAGUGAUCCUAAAUUAUCUUUUGAUUGAGUAAUCAUAUAAUGAAUGAUGGAUGAAUGCU